UCCUCAGGGCCAUGUGCUGUGUGCAAUUGCACUAUACAGCUAGGCUCCACCUUCUCCACUUCCCCUCCCACAGAAAACACAAGGGGAAAAAAAGAAAGGGGGAAAGAGGUUGAAGGAGUUGAUUUAGAUACUCAGCCUCCUCCUCCUGGCUGGAGCUUUUGUUUUCCUCCCAGCUCUCUGUUUUCCACACGUGAUUGCUGUGUUGUUGCAGUUGCGGGGCCACUGAUAAAGGCUAAUAACUUUGACCAAGGAGAGAGGCAGUAGGAAAGAAAGACAGGAGCAAGAGGAAGGAAGGGAAUAAGGAAGGAGGAGGGGAGGAGGACGAAGUCGGGCGUGCUAUCCAUGCUGGCUGCCAAGAGGACGGGGGGAAGCAUGCCAUGCCAUGCAAGCCCAAAGAGCCCUUCGAGCCGCCCGUACUGCAGCUGCUUCCUCACUUAACAGCCGGCUGCUAACCCACCGAGCUCCUGCCCGGGAUUACUGUCCUUGCCUGCUCUAAGGGCGCGCGGGAGACAAUGGCGGCGGCGGCGGCGGCUUCUGCUGCCGCCGCCGCCACCACCAACAUUGGCGGCGGCAGCCCCGGUAGCGCCCACAGCGGCGGCGGCAGCAGCGCCUUCCACCAGCAGCUGGAGCCCUGCCCGAGGAAGCCGCCGCCACGCAUGGACCCCCGGCGCAGGCAGGCAGCCCUCUCCUUCCUCACUAACAUCUCGCUGGACGGGCGUCCCGUGCUGCAGGACGACGACGAAGAUCCCGGCGGCGACGCAGCGGCGGCAGCAGCAGCCCGGGCUCCCUCGGCUCCUGCUGCAGCCUGCCACAGCAGCAGUAGCGCCGGGACUCGCCAGGGCAGCCUGGGCGCUUUCCUGCCGCCCGUCCCGCUGCAGCACGGGGCCCCCCCUGGCGCCUGCGGUGGGAGCGCCCGGCUCAUGAGCCCCCUGGGAGUGGCUGGCGACCAGCAGCAGCAGCAGCCGCUGCAAGGGAAGGCGGAGGACGAAGACGAGGAUGCCUUUGCCAGCGUGCAGGUGCCCGCCGCAGCCGCCGCCUUCUUGGGCUCCUGCGGGACCCCCGCUGUGGGGGGCGCCAGGGGUCGCCUCAACUCCUUCACUCAGGGAAUCCUGCCCGGCUCCUUCGCCCGAGCUGCCCCGCAGAACUACUGCUGCCUGGAGCAAGGCCAGGUGCCCCCCCUCGAGCUCCAAAGGUCUCGACGACGAUUGAUUUCCCAGAGAUCUUCAUUGGAGACUUUGGAAGACAUUGAGGAAAAUGCUCCCUUAAGGCGAUGCCGGACUCUGUCUGGCUCACCCAGACCAAAGAACUUUAAGAAGGUUCAUUUCAUCAAGAACAUGCAGCAGAAUGAUACGAGGAAUGGCAGAAUCGUCCUCAUUAGCGGCAGAAGAUCCUUUUGUAGCAUAUUCUCGGUGCUGCCGUAUCGGGACUGUAGCCAUGUUGGAGAGAUGAAAACAGAAAGUGGAAGACAAUGCCAUUCUACUGCAGGGGUUUGUUUGAAAGAUAUAGUCGGCCUGGAAGGUGUGGAAUUAGGAGCAAAUGGGAAGACUGUUUCUUAUACCCAGUUUCUGUUUCCAACCAAUGCCUUGGGAGCAAGGAGAAACACAAUAGAUUCCACUUCAUCUUUCUCACAAUUUCGCAAUGCAAGCCAUCGUAGCCUUUCAUUGGGAAGGGCAAACAGCACUCAAGGAAGUAUUGAUGCAGGCAGUGAUCUUGGAGAUUACAUUGAAUAUGACCCUAAUCUUUUAGAUGAUCCUCAAUGGCCAUGUGGAAAGCACAAGCGGGUAUUAAUAUUCCCUUCAUAUAUGACAACAGUCAUUGACUAUGUAAAGCCAUCGGACCUUAAGAAGGAUAUGAAUGAAACCUUCAAGGAAAAGUUCCCUUACAUUAAGUUGACUCUCAGUAAAAUAAGAAGCCUGAAGCGUGAGAUGCGCAAACUAGCUCAAGAAGAGUGUGGUCUUGAGGAGCCCACAGUGGCCAUGGCGUUUGUGUAUUUUGAGAAGCUGGCGCUCAAGGGGAAGCUCAACAAGCAGAACAGAAAGCUCUGUGCUGGGGCCUGUGUCCUGCUAGCUGCCAAAAUUGGCAGCGACCUCAAGAAGCACGAAGUCAAACAUUUAAUAGAUAAGCUGGAAGAGAAGUUCCGGUUGCACAGACGAGAACUGAUUGCCUUUGAAUUCCCCGUAUUAGUGGCCUUGGAAUUUGCUCUCCAUCUACCUGAACAUGAAGUGAUGCCACAUUAUAGACGUUUAACCCAGAAUUCCUAGCAUAGGAUACCCUUUUUUGGGAAGGGUUUAAAAAUGUUCUCCGAGUUCAAAAGUGCUGCAGUUACUACUGGAAAUGCAAAAACGGGACAAAGGUGUCCCAAUACCCUUUUUUUCUCUUGUUUUCAGUGCAACAACCAGAUAUUUGGAAUAAAGCACUGAAUUCCUUAAAACUCUCAGGCUAGAAACUGUUAACUAUUCAGAACAAGUCAUGAAUGAGUUGCAUGUGAGUGGCAGCAGAUGGAACAGAUUCAGACCACGGGACCAAAAGAGAACUUACUUGAGUUGCCCAGUCAUUCCAGUGAGAAUUGUCAGCAGCCCUUGCACCAAUCACACUUUCUCCCAUCUUCUGUUUAUGAACCUCGCCAGCUUUCCAGCAAGGGUUUUCCAGCUUACUGGAGGAUUCCUAAAGCAAUGAUUGGUUGUAGUAGACAUCUUCACUGUAUCAGCAGCGUGCCAAUCUAUUUUUAUAUUUGUUAUUGAAAGUGCACUUUUUCCUUGUGGGUAGCUAGAUUGCUUGGUUUCAGGCGAGAGGAUGAACCAGCUUGGAACCACGUGGCUGUUUUGGAUCAUUGAUUUAAUAUUGUUUACUAAAGAUCUGAGGACAACUUUACUCUCUUUGCUUAAGCAUAACUACUGAAAAGAGGCACAUAGGUCCGUUUGAAUAACAUGGGAGAGGAAUUUGGAAUCCCAGUGGUUGCUUGUUGGUUUGGUUUUUCUCCGUCUGUUUUUAUUUUGCUAGUGAUUACACUGCAAAUAUUAUUACACCUGCAAAUGGGAAACUGACACCCAUCCUUAGGUCUUCACUCUUGUGCGUGGUCCCAUUCAAGUGUUCACUAUGGAAGAGAGAUGUUGUUUUGUAAGUGUCUUGUUCUUAAUCCACAAGCGUAUUUCUGACCUCUGUGGAGAUGGUUAGACUUGCACUCUGUAGCGUUUGUAUUUUGUGCUCUAUGUUAGAGUGCAUUUUGAGCACAUUGACUGUGCUGCAUGUUAAACAGUGUUUUAUAAAAUCUAUCUUGUACAGCCGAGCAGGGGAAUCGGCAGCCGAGGGCCUUGAUAGCAGACAGACACCCUCAACAUGGGCAAUGUUGUUGUUGUUUAGGGUUUUUUUUUAAAAAAAAACAUAGUUGACAGUAUAAAAUCAAAUGGGAGGAGGACAUGGAAAUUGCUGUGUUUUUAUACUUCUCAGAUAUUUCACAGCUCUAGAGUCUUAUAGUACCUUAACAGUAAAUCAGAGUGAACUGGGAAAGCUCAAACUCAAACAGAAUCUUCUGUGUAUCCUAUUUUCAAAAUACUGUAUAUAUAAAUAUAUAUAUAUAUAUAUAUAAAAGAGACUAUGAGAAGAUAAUGACCGCUGGAUGUGCUUGCUAAUAUGCUAGAGAACGUGCAUCAAAGAAUUAAAUGACUAUUUUUAUAUAUCACUAAUGUAUAUGGUUCCACUUGUUCCAGUGCUGAUUCAUUUGACACAGUCCGUGCCUGGAACAUUGAUUUCAAUAAAGUCAUGUACUUUCCUGUUA